CUCCAGGCUCGAGCGCCUCGUCGCCCGGGCCCCUGCUCCACGCUCCCGCCCCCAGGCCCUCAGACCAGCCGCAGCUGGACGGUCUCUGCGGUCCUUCCCACCCCCCUCCCCCAGCUGUGGCUGGCCGGUUCGCCCGCGAUGGCCCCGGCCGGGCCGCGGCGCGGCGCGGCUGCCGCGGCGGCGUGGGCGCUCGUCGGCUGCGCCGCGCCCGCCGAGGGGGGCCUGCAGGUGGGCCCGCGCGCCCGCUGCGGCGCGUCGGGGGGGCGCCGCCUGAGCAGCUUCGGCCCGGGCACGCAGCUGAGCGGCCUCGAGUACCUGGCGAGCGGCUACGACGUGUUCUUCGGCAACCCGCGGCCCACCGACGGCGCCGUCGACACGGGGUUCAGGAACAAGGUGUUCAAGGCCAACCCUGGCAGCGAGGCGCUGCCGGACGGUACCCGGAUCCCUCCCGGGAUGAACGCGCUGCGGUGCGAUGGCUCGUGCUCCUUGGCUUCGAAGGUGCAGUCGAUCACAAGUAUGGAGGAGUACUAUGAGUUUCUGUCCACCAACGUCUCCUUGACCGUGAGUUUUGGGGACGUCGCCAGCUUUGCAGCGUCUGCGGACUUCCAGCGUGUCCGGGAAAAUCUGCAGUCUCACGAGAGCGUCUACACCGCUGUCACUGCACAGUGCUGCGCCUACAAGGCGUUCAUCCAUGCCUUCGUGCCCCCGCCAGCCGACGAAAACUUUCUGGCUGCUGUGGACGCGGCUCCAGAACAUUACGAUCAAGAUUUCUACUUCAAUCUCAUUGGUGAGUUCGGCACGCAUUUCCUGAGUUCUGUGCAGAUGGGCGGCAUGUACGGCGAGGAGACCGAGUUCACAAGGGACAAGUACAACGACAUGAAGGCGACGAAGAGCGACUGGUUCGUAAAUGCGCAGGCGUCCUUCGUAGUUUCGAUCAAGGCAGGCGCCGCAAGCGAAACUGAUUGGAACUCGAAAGACUUCUUCGACAAGUACGUCACGAAUACCCGGAAGUACACGCUUGGGUCGGCGCCACAGACGUGGGACGUGGACAAUUGGUUGACGGACACGAUUCAUAAGCCAGUGCCCACUGCGAUGCGUCUCAAGCCGCUCAGCGAGCUGUUCACGACUCGAGUCAUCCCGAAUGAGGCAAAUGUGACGAAGCUCCGUUCCAAGAGGGAGAACAUGGAGAGGGCCUUGCAGGAGUACUGCCCCGAGAAGCUGCUGAGGCAGGGCAAGAUCGACAGCUGCGCGGCCAUCGUGAGCGACCCCGACGCGGCAGGCGCGGAGAGGACCUGCCUGGCCAAGAUCUGGGGCGGAGGCGGUCCGAAUGGCCAGCCCUUCGACGACUCUGUAAUGAUCCAGCUCCACGGCCUCUUCGCAAACUUGGAGAUACGGCAGAUCAAGUACCGCAGCUCGCAGUGGAUGGACAGCAUACAGGUCACUCUAUCUCUCGGGAAUAACAACUGGCCUCUGCCGGAGCACGGUGGGAAGGGCGGUGUCAGCGGCACGUUGACUUUCUCGGAGGGCCAGAAAAUACACGCCGUCGAGGUGAGGUACGAGAGGUACAUCGACAAGAUAUCCUUCUGGACCAACGACGGCAGAGAGCAGGUCAUAGGUGGCCCCGGGGGGAGGUACUCAAAGAUGGUGAACUUCAAGGAGGCCGUCAUGAACGCGACGGGAACCCUCCCGAGGAGCGCCUGGCUGGUGGGACUCUACGGCAGCGCCCAGCAGUACGUGGACGCCCUCGGCUUCUACGUGGCCUACACGUGCGCGCCCUCCGAGGCACCAGGGCCCGACGGCCUCUUCUGACGCCGCAGCCCCCAACGGCGAUCCUAUCGGCGCGCCCUCCUCCUAUUGUACAUGCAGCAGCAGCCGGCAGCAGCCCGCCUGGCGAUGCAGCGGCCGCCAGCCUGCCUGGCGAUGUGCAGCAGCCUUCGAAGAAGAAAGCACGCCGUAAACAUAAACUUUUGUUUCCGGUUCAUUCGGUCGGCCUCUUUGGGCAGCAGCAGGGCCGUCGGGCCGCCCGUCAUAAAAAAGUGGUGCAAGCCAAGAGUGCGCCGUGCCGACCGAUUCGGUGCGGCCAACGGUUGGAGAAGGGCCGUGCCUGCCUCGGCCCCCAGCGCGUGGGAGCUUGCCUGUGCGACGGCAGCCGGCGCCCGAACGCGCCCUGGAUGGUCUCCUCCUCCUCCUCCUCGUCCUCCUCCUUCUCCUCCUCAUUCUCCUUCUCCUCCUC